CGAACCGAAGCUGAACUUGCCGCUAGCGUAGCGCUCGCCGGUUGCCGCUGAGCAGCCCGAAACCCACGCCUAAGUUUUUUGUUUGUGUAACUUUAUUUCUGUUGUCGACGUUGUCGUGCCGAGCAGGGCCUAUGGUGUUCGUUACUGGAAGAGUUAUGGAUAAUCUUAUUAUGAUCGUAAAUUAAUAUAAAGGACACUCAAACUAUUGUGUUGUGAGUAAAUAUAUUAAGUCGAUAGAAGUGUCAAGUGAAAAGCAAAAAUGGGUUGCGUACAAAGUGAGAUUUCGCCGCAAAAUGAAACUCCGAAGAAAAGUUGCACCGAUGUCCUUUGGUUGGUGAUCUAUAUUGCAUUUUGGGUUCUUAUGCUCGUAAUCGCAGCAAUAUCGUUUGUUUACGGUAAUCCUGCAAGAAUAAUCAACGGGUUUGAUUCAUUCGGUAAUACUUGUGGUGUGAAAACGAACCAGAAACUUAUAAACUUCCCACUAGCAGGUAUCAGCACAAUAGACAAGCCUUAUUUGUUUUUUAUGGACAUAAAGGAACUGAGGAGAUCUAUCAAAAUUUGUGUAAAGCAGUGUCCUAAUGAGAGGUUGAAUGAUUUAGCUGCUAUACAGAAUUUUUAUCGUAAGACAGGUUCGAAUCUGUGUACUUAUGAAACGAGGUUGAACGACUUGGUGUACUACAAUGGACUGCACAGCAUGACAGGGCCAUGCCCAGUGACACCUGUUGUGGAAACAUUUCCUCUCUUGAACAGAUGUAUUCCGAAGUCUCUCAAAGAGUUUGGGGAGAAAGUAUCCACGGAUAUGUACAAUUUGCUCAACAGUUGGGGUACGAUAGAACAGAUGCUGACGGAUUUGUAUUCAUCAUGGAAAGAAAUGAUAAUCUGUGUCAUUGUUGCAUUAUUAUGUUCCUUGAUAAUGGUGUCUAUACUGCACUUGUUAGCGACUGUCGUGUCUUGGAUUUUCAUGAUUGUGGUAUCAAUAGUAAGCAUUGCUGGCACUGUUCUUCUCUGGUACACCUAUUACGAGUUAAGGCACGGAAACCAGAAUUUUACAGGAUCCAUUUAUUUGACGGAAUCUCUUAAGAAUGAGACUGCAUUCCUGUGGUACUCUAUUAUUGCUACUAUAAUUACGGUGAUUCUACUCCUACUAGUAUUCGUCAUGCGUUCGCGCGUCUCGUUCCUGGCUCAACUGUUUCGAGAGACCGCACACUGCCUCGGCUCCAUACCAGCUCUGUUCAUCCAGCCAAUCAUCACAUUCUUCUUCCUUGUUCUGUUCUUCGCCUUCUGGUCUAUUGUUGUGGCGUGCCUCGCAACUGCCACGUAUCCCGGCAUCCCGUACAAGUACAAUUUCUUCAUUAACGGCUCUCAGUUGCCAGAUCUGGUCAACAACGCGUCUGUCAGGCAGAACAUCAACAGUAGCGCUACACCGAAACCAUUCAGCUUAGACCCCAUCGAGUUCAGCCCCUCAUGGGUCCAAAGCAUGUGGUGGAUGUGCCUCAUCUGCCUCGUGUGGGGUAGCGAGUUCAUUCUCGGCUGCCAGCAGAUGACUAUAGCUGGUGCUGUCUCACACUGGUACUUCCGCGGCGAAAACGCGCACUCUCCCGUACUGUACUCUAUCGGCAAGCUGAUAAAGUACCAUCUUGGUUCCGUCGCUAAAGGGUCCUUCCUGAUCACGCUCUUCAAGAUCCCGAGGCUAAUACUCACUUAUCUGCAUGCAAAAUUAUCGGCACGAGCCGACAAGGGCUCAGAAUGCGCAAAAUGCGGCCUCAAAUGCGGUAUCUGCUGUUUCUACUGCCUGGAGAAGUUCAUGCGAUACCUCAACCAUAACGCCUACACUAUCAUCACUAUAGAGCGCUGCAACUUCUGCAAAGCUGCUGGCAAGGCCUUCAGCACAAUAAUGAACAACGCCCUCCAAGUAGCAACAAUCAACAGUGUCGGCGACUUCAUACUGUUCCUCGGCAAAUGCAUUGUAACCGCGGUCACGGGAAUCAUCGGCCUGCUCCUUGUGAAGCGGAACUCUGAUCUGCACUUUUACGCUGUGCCUACACUCUUCAUAUGCAUUUACUCAUUCUUCAUCGCGCAUUGUAUACUUUCUUUAUACGAGAUGGUAGUGGACACGCUGUUCCUCUGCGUGUGCGAGGACCGCAACAUGAACGCGGGCGAGGGCCGCUGGAAGAACUCCCGUCUAGCCGAACUAGGCGGUCACAAGCCCGCCGAAGACUUGGACACGACCGACCACGAGCUGCGCAAUCUUGACGCCAAGUAUUAAGGUAACGAGAGCCCGGUGCAUUUAUUAUAAAAUAACCUUAGAUUGUAAGUUUAAAGCUGAAACGAAAAGAUCUAAGAAUGUUUUCAUCGAAUAGUGUUACUUUUUGCAUGUACCAUUAUUUGAAAGUGUUAUUCAUAAUAUUUUCUUACAUUUAUCUAAAUUAGCUCUAAUCUAGCUGUUUACAUUAAAUAAUUUAUUGAUGUUUAUUCAAAGUAUGAUUGUCAUCUCAAUGAGCAAUGUUGUCCAUGUAUGUAUAGUAUAAGUAAAAGGUAAUCUAUUUAAUCGUAUGUCGAAUUUCGGUGAUAACUUGUGAUGGCACAUGUUUUAAAAAUCACUAGUAUUUUAUAUACUUUCAUGUUUUCAAUAGGUGUGCGCACAAACUAUUUAAUUAUUAAUUUGAUUUAAAACGCGCACUUAUAUAUGACUUUCAAUCGUUUAACUAUAUUAUUGAUAAUUAUAUGUUUGCAUUUAUAAUAUAGUUAUAUUCUCAUAUAAUACAUAUAUACCUAGCGCUGCUAUAUUGCAAGAUAAUAUUAAGUUUUGAUGAUAUAUAUUAUACAAGUUGCUAGUAUUUUAUAGGGUUUUUAUGCGAUUUUGAUAAAAAAUAAAUUUUAUUUUUGUAGUACAAAUAGCACUAAGGGUCGGUUGCAUCAAACUUUCUGUUACCGAAUUUUGCUUACGCAUUUUUUCUGUUGCGUGAUGUUGAUACCAGAAUUACCAGACAAAAACUGGCUACGUCAGAAACCGGUCGUAAUUUGUAACCUCCCACUUGUACGGCGAUAACCCGCCCAGCGGGUUCGCCGGCAUCUGAGCAAAGUUCACGAGAGCCCACCAGGCGGGUUCUUGGUUGCGAAAUUGUGGUUGAUGCAACUGGUCUUAAGUCUAUUGGCUGACUAUUUGAAUCGAAUAGUGUAUCAUAAUUUUUGAGAAAAAUACUCCAGUGUUUAAUUGUUUUGAUCUCUUGGUAUUUUUUUAUGUCCUUUAAAUUCCAUUUUCCAAGGUUUCACUUCCAUGAGUGAUUUUUGCGUGAUCAUUCCUUUCCUGCAGUAUUUUUUAUAAAUAUCAUUAUUUAAUACUCUAAGAUAAUUUAUUUAGCCCUAAGAGUAAAUCGGUAUCUUUUUUACUUCAAUGUUAAAUUAUCAAUGCAAGAUUAAUUUAUAGAGAUAAGUAUAACAUUAUAAGCACAAAAUAAAAUCAAGUUCUCUUAGAUAAAAAUAAUUGUUUUGAAAAUGCAGAAUACAUAAUUAAUUCAUGAAAAGUACAAGAGGAAAUCAAUGUAUUUUAUAUUUACAUUAUUACCCAUAUUAUUUAGGUAAGAAUUUUAACUUUUUGAACGCCCACAGCACUGAGGCUGAUAUUUCACUGUAUCAGAGGGCGAUAAUUGCAUGUGGCCGGUAAAAGGAUUGAUCGUCUUAAAAAAGAAAAGGGUAUUUUUCUGAUCUUAACAUUGCAAAUGCAUAACAUGUUUGCGAUUAUUCCACAUUUCUUUAGGUUAGUUUUAAUUAGUUUAAGUUACGUAGAUCUGGCUCAAAAUAGUAAACUUAUGACUGACAACCGUCCAUGUUUACGAGUCCAAUAGCAUCCGGCUAAGCUAACUAUGCACUGAUAUGACCACAGAAUAUAUUUUUUAAGUUUUGGCUAGUAUAAAAAAAAUAUUGCUUCAUUUGAAUAUUGCAAUUGCUGACUUAGCUUGGCCAGACUAAUAAUCGAGAUCUCAACGAUUUAAUUUGAGUAGUUUACAUUUUUGGACAUUUGUUGUAUUUUUUAUUAAGAAUCUACAUAUAAUCAUGUUGUGAACCCGCAUUUUCUUCCAACUGUACCUGUUUAUUGUAGCUUCUCACGUCGAAAUAAAACAACUUUUGUG